AUGAGUCUAAAGAUCAAACUUGUAUACAAUAAAGAGAUUAGAAAACUCGUCAAACGCCCAGAAACAAUUGAAGACUUAAAAGCAAUGACGCAAAAGCUUUUUGGCUACAAAGACUUUUGUUUCAAAUACGAAGAUACAGAAGGUGACAUCAUCACAAUUUCUUCUGAUUCAGAAUUAGAAGAUGCUUACGAGGAAGCAAUCUCAGAAGAUAUCAAAAGCAUUAAGCUGUAUGCUGAAGAAGACAAAUCUGUAAAUGCAAUAGCUGAUGCUAUAUCUGGAAUAAAUGUAAAAAAUGAUCAAGAUAUGCUACCGAUCAAAAGGCCUUUCAUAAAUAAUAUCAAUUCAUAUGAAAGAAAUGAUUAUGAAGAAGAGCUAAGAAAAGAAAGAAAGUAUGAAACAGCUUGGGACAAUAUUGGAUGCGCUUAUUGCAGCGUAUACCCGAUAACAGGAAAUUGCUAUCAAUGCACAAUUUGCUAUAAUUUCAAUUUAUGUGAGGAUUGCUAUUUUGACGGCAAUCAUAUGCAUCCCCUUGUAAAGCGUAUAAAGCAUGGACUGUUCGGCGGCAGAAAUGUUUCUAUAUAUAUACCACCAAGCAUGAGAAUUUUAAAUACAAGUGGAGUGCAAAAUGGAGAAACGGUUGAGCAUGGAGGAGAAAUCAUUAAAAAAUGAACAAUAUUGAACAAUGGUGAAGCACAAUGGCCACAUAACUGUACACUUGCUAAAGUGAAUGGCCAAUUAGAAAUAGAUCCAAUUAAUAUACCGAAACUUAUGCCAGGAGACAUCACUGAAAUAGUCGCAGUAGUCAGGGUUCAAGAAAGAUCUGGCAUAUUCCAUGGAGAAUGGAGGCUUCAAACCCCAGCUUUUCAAAUGUUUGGCGACGCCUUCAAACUUGAGGUGGUUGUAAGAACGUUGAGCCACGAAGAAAAAGUAGCGAAAAUGGUGGACAUGGGAUUUGGAGAAGAUGCAAGCUUCGCUUCCUUGGUGGCACAUAAUUGGGAUCUUGAUGCUGCAAUUGCUAGCCAUUUAAUUGGAUUGUAA